CUAAAGAAAUUCAGCUUGCCACAUGUGCGGGAGGUUUUUGUACGAGCAGUAAUAGGGAUUGUAUCACUGUGGGCCACUUUUGGUAGCGGCACCAGACUUGAUGUUGGAAGUAAGUAACAAGCUCUUUUGAUAUUAAUUUUAGCUAAUUGUUUUUGGUAUUUCACUUUCUUAAACUCUGUCUACGCGAUUUUACAUAUUUUACUUUCUAAAAAAUAUAGUUAUUUCUAUUAUUUUUGACGAAGCCUUCUUUCAAAUAACAUUUUAUUGAACCAAAAUGUUAAAAUGUAGGUGUUUAUGUAUAUGUCUGGUUUGAUGGAUUGCAGAGUAUAAUUCUAGAAUGAUAACUACUUAAUAAUAUUGAAUAUAGAUGUGGCAUUAUGUAUUAUUGUUUGCGUGGGAUUGUUGAUCUUUAACUCUCAAAUAUUUUUGGUUAAAUUGAGCUUUUGAAUGAGCCUUCUUUCAAAUAGAUAUUUAUGGAAUCAAAAUGAUAAAUUGUAGGAUUAUUUGUAUGUCUGAUUUGUAUAUUUCCUAAUUCUGAUAUAAUAACUAUUUAAUAGUAUUGUAUAUAGUAUUCAUCAUUGUUGAAUUGUGUUCAUGGUAGACUUCACUGUUAGUGUGAAGACAAAGGGUCUCAGUUAUGUUUGUAACAGACUUCAUGAUCUAACAAGGCUGAUAUGUGAUGAAAAUACUAUGAAUAUGAGUAGGCUAUUCUGAUCAGAUCCAUUCCUAAACUAUAUCUGUAUGACAUGUAUAACUGACACUGUAUGACUAGUAACUCUAGUUAUUUAACCACUUUAUACUUGUUUGGUUCAUAAAUCUGCUUUGUAUCAUAUUACUUUAGUGUUUUCUCCACAUCUUUUAAACUAUCUAACUUCUACAUUCAUAUUUACAGGGCAUUUCCACUUCACAUUAUUUUGAUGUGUCUUUGCUGAAUAUUUUUUUUUACUGUUGCUGUACUUGAUGUAGUUACUUAGUUGAUGUGUUCUGUUUGUUCCAGGUAACAGUGUCCCCACCCUCACCGUCCUGGCCCCCUCUAGUGAGGAGCUGUCCAGUACAACAACAGUCACACUGACGUGUCUGGCCAACAAGGGCUUCCCCUCAGACUGGACCAUAAGCUGGAAAGUGGACGGGACCAGCAAGAAGCAGGAGGCCAGUCCCGCAGUCCUGGAGAAAGACGGCCUGUAUAGCUGGAGCAGCACCCUGACUCUCACUGCCCAGGAGUGGACCAAUGCAGGAGAGGUGACCUGUGACGCCCAGCAGAAAUCCCAGACUCCAGUCACCAAGACCCUGAGGAGGGCUGACUGUUCUGGGUAGGACCCCUCAGUCACACACCCCUGUGGAGAGAGGCUGUUGGUUCCUCUUCUUUGGCUCUGUUCUGAGAUCAGAUGUUCUCUGUCUUAUUGAUCACUGACAUGUAGACUAACAGGGGGCUUUGCUUGAGUUCAUGUGUCAAUCCUCUCUGUAGACUGAGGUUUUAUCAGUGUUAGAUUUGAUGUGCUCUGUUUUUUUAUAUAUUAGAUACUGUAGGAAUGUUUGCUUUGAUGCUUUGAUUAAUAGAUGAAAAUAAACAUUUUCCUUUGGAACAAAUAUUUUCGUUGUCUCUUUCAAUAAUUAGACUUUAGUCAAAUGUUGAAUGAUAUAGAAAUAUAUUUGUAAAGCCUGAUUCACAGUUUCUUUGAAAAUGAUCAGACCUAAAUGUCAUAGCUUAGUUCUAUAUCGUGGAGCUCCGCCCCAUAGGGGAGCUCUGCUCCUAUUGGUUUACCCACUGCCCUAAGGCAGCAACAGCCUGAGACAUAAUUAUGCACACACCUGCAGCCAAUAGGAGUACAGGUGUCCCUAUAAAAGGGGAUGCUUCCCCUCAAUCAGCCUCCCUUUAUCUUCAGCGACUGAACUAGACUGAAGAAGCCAAGAAGAGAUGAAGAGAAGACUCAGGACAAAGAAAUGCAGUCGAUUUUCCAGUUCAUCGACGUCGUCCUAAAUGAGCACACUAGGAGAUUUUCCACCCCCAAAAGCUAUUUUCAGAGCUCAAUGCCGCUGUGCCUCCUUGACAGCUGCGGACCCCCACAACCUAUGUUUUGUGUGUUUGGGUGCACAGCACGCCAAGGAUGGCGUCAGCGUUCCCCCUAAAUGCGCCAGCUGCGCCCUCCUUUCUUUGAAGGAGAGGAAGCAGCAGCGUGCAUUUUUUAGGGAGGAUAUUCCCCUACAGGACGUGCUCUCAGUUUUGGCCUCAGCUUCUGAGGCGUCAUCUGGAGAGGCUGACUCUGGGGAUGAUGGGGACGAGAUGGACGUUCCUAUGGAACAGUCCAGUCUCAAGACCCAGACUUUUAAGACCCCCUUUCCUUUGGAGAGUGAGAGGUCUUAUUCUUCCCUGGGCGAUGAAGACACAGGCUCUGAGAGGUCAGAAGCCCUGUCUUUCGCAGCGGCCUCUCUGCGCUCAGACUUCCCUGGGCUCAUUGAGAGGGCUGCUAGACGGCUAGAAAUAGCACUGCCCCCCAUUCCCACCGUACCGGAAGUGGAUAUGAUGGAGGGCGGCCCGUAUUCCAGAUCAUGAAGGGCUGCUGAGCCUCUGGCUCCAGCAAUGCCCUCAUUGGCUAAAUACGCGGAGGGCUCAUGGGAGGCGCCUAUGGAGGUGCGUUCGCCAGCCAAGGCGUAUCUCCCAUUUACCAGAGUGGAGGGAAGGCAACAGGGCCUCACAGAGGGAAUCCCCAGGCUGGAGAGCACCCUAGCGGCGUAUCUCGUGCCGGGUUCGAGUCCCUGGCCCUCUUCCAAGAAGGCCACUCUGCCUAUGCAAAAGGACCGACUCACAGCACGGCUGGUAGAGAAGUAUUUUACGUUGGGAGCCCAGGCUGUAGCAGCAGCCAAAAACAUUGCCCUCCUAGCGGCCUCUCUGUCCCGUCUAACGACGGGUAAGACUGAGCUCGGCAGGGAGGAAGUGAUUUCUGGCGCUAUUCUCCACCUGACGCAAGCGUCGGCUGUCUGUUCAUGGCCACUUCGGUGGCUGUGGAACGACAACUAUGGUUGUCAUUGACGACUAUGAAGGAAGCCGAUAGAGCGUCGCUCUUGAACGCCCCCUUCUCUAACGACGGAUUCUUCGGAGUAGCUGUUAAAGAAGCGACGGAGCGUUUUUCCAAGCUAGAUGAGGAGAGGAAACAGCUGGCCAGACACUUGCCAUUGGCAGGGAGAGCAGGCCACGUGACGCAGAGACUAUCGAACCCUACCGCCCCUAGUAGAGCAGGCUCUACUGCAAGGCGGCUCAAGAGUUCCUCUGUGGAGAUGGGAGUACCUUCCAGAAGGACAACCAUAUCUGCAGCACUCCACCAAUCAGGCGUUUAUAGUAGAGUGGCCCUAUUGAUUGAAUGGGGCGGGCUACCGUGUACACAAUGUAGAGUGACACUUUGUGUCAUCCAAUUAGUGGUCGGUAUUGUUGUAACAGGGUAUUGAGGUACCAUCUAUCUGCUAGUACAGAUUAGUAUGGCCCGUAUUCUGGUGAUCUGCCCGCUAGACAUUGGUGUUGCCAUUGGACUAGGUGGGGCGGAUUUGGACCGAUGACGCAGUAUACAGUGGGGAAAAAAAGUAUUUAGUCAGCCACCAAUUGUGCAAGUUCUCCCACUUAAAAAGAUGAGAGAGGCCUGUAAUUUUCAUCAUAGGUACACGUCAACUAUGACAGACAAAAUGAGAAGAAAAAAAUCCAGAAAAUCACAUUGUAGGAUUUUUUAUGAAUUUAUUUGCAAAUUAUGGUGGAAAAUAAGUAUUUGGUCACCUACAAACAAGCAAGAUUUCUGGCUCUCACAGACCUGUAUCUUCUUCUUUAAGAGGCUCCUCUGUCCUCCACUCGUUACCUGUAUUAAUGGCACCUGUUUGAACUUGUUAUCAGUAUAAAAGACACCUGUCCACAACCUCAAACAGUCACACUCCAAACUCCACUAUGGCCAAGACCAAAGAGCUGUCAAAGGACACCAGAAACACAAUUGUAGACCUGCACCAGACUGUGAAGACUGAAUCUGCAAUAGGUAAGCAGCUUGGUUUGAAGAAAUCAACUGUGGGAGCAAUUAUUAGGAAAUGGAAGACAUACAAGACCACUGAUAAUCCCCCUCACCCCGUGGGCUCAAAAUGAUCACAAGAACGGUGAGCAAAAAUCCCAGAACCUCACGGGGGGACCUAGUGAAUGACCUGCAGAGAGCUGGGACCAAAGUAACAAAGCCUACCAUCAGUAACACACUACGCCGCCAGGGACUCAAAUCCUGCAGUACAAGAUGUGUCCCCCUGCUUAAGCCAGUACAUGUCCAGGCCCGUCUGAAGUUUGCUAGAGUGCAUUUGGAUCAUCCAGAAGAGGAUUGGGAGAAUGUCAUAUGGUCAGAUGAAACCAAAAUAUAAUUUUUUGGUAAAAACUAAACUCGUCGUGUUUGGAGGACAAAGAAUGCUGAGUUGCAUCCAAAGAACACCAUACCUACUGUGAAGCAUGGGGGUGGAAACAUCAUGCUUUGGGGCUGUUUUUCUGCAAAGGGACGAGGACGACUGAUCCGUGUAAAGGAAAGAAUGAAUGGGGCCAUGUAUCGUGAGAUUUUGAGUGAAAACAUCCUUCCAUCAGCAAGGGCAUUGAAGAUGAAACGUGGCUGGGUCUUUCAGCAUGACAAUGAUCCCAAACACACUGCCCGGGCAACGAAGGAGUGGCUUCGUAAGAAGCAUUUCAAGGUCCUGGAGUGGCCUAGCCAGUCUCCAGAUCUCAACCCCAUAGAAAUCUUUGGAGGGAGUUGAAAGUCCGUGUUGCCCAGCGACAGCCCCAAAACAUCACUGCUCUAGAGGAGAUCUGCAUGGAGGAAUGGGCCAAAAUACCAGCAACAGUGUGUGAAAACCUUGUGAAGACUUACAGAAAACGUUUGACCUGUGUCAUUGCCAACAAAGGGUAUAUAACAAAUUAUUGAAAAAGUUUUGUUAUUGACCAAAUACUUAUUUUCCACCAUAAUUUGCAAAUAAAUUCAUUAAAAAUCCUACAAUGUGACUUUCUGGAAAAAAUAUUCUCAUUUUGUCUGUCAUAGUUGACGUGUACCUAUGAUGAAAAUUACAGGCCCCUCUCAUCUUUUUAAGUGGGAGAACUUGCACAAUUGGUGGCUGACUAAAUACUUUUUUCCCCCACUGUAUUGUGACACCAUGUAUUGUGAUACAGUGGUUACAGUACUGCGGGACUUGGUCGCAGCCAUUGCUAGGCCUGACCUUUUCAUUUCGAUGGGAAGUGUUGGGCUCGGCAGGGAGUAUAUUUUGGAGCGUUGCGCUCCGCCUUAAACCAAUAGGAGCAGAGCUCCCCAAUGGGGCGGAUCUCCACGAUAUAGAACGAUAGUUACCGGAGUGUAACUCCAGUUCUAUGAGUGGAGCGGAGCCCCAUAGGACUUAAGGCCCUGCCGACCCUCUCUAGUCUCGAUGAAGAUAAAUAUCUCAGGAGGCUGAUUGAGGGGAAGCGUCCCCUCUUAUAGGGACACCUGUACUCCUAUUGGCUGCAGGUGUGUGCAUCAUGUUGUCUCAGGCUGUUGCUGCCUUAGGGCAGUGGGUAAACCAAAAGGAGCAGAGCUCCCCUAUGGGGCUCCGCUCCACUCGUAGAACUGGAGUUACACUCCGGUAACUAUCGUUAUUUACUUAAAAACACAUUGUCAUUAAACUGUAGGUCAUAGUAACACAAGAUACUGCAAUGUUAACAGAUUAACAGGAGAGGUAACAGGAGAGGUCUAAAUACUACAAUGUUAACAGAUUAACAGGAGAGGUCUAGAUACAACAAUGUUAACAGAUUAACAGUAGAGGUCUUUCUUGGAAAGGUUUUUGCCAGGACAGCGGAGUCACUGACCACCUUCCGGAGACACUUGAAACCCUACCUCUUUAAGGAAUACCAAACGGCGGGCGUCACAAACACCAGACAUUUUCAACUUCAAUCGCUACAUCCACACUUAAUGCUACCCCAGAAUUCACCCCUUUCAAUGGUGCCCUGUUCCUAAGAGCAAAGCAAGAAACAGAUCUUGACCCAAGUUACGUGACACGGAGUGCCCUCUCCCUCUCAUCCUGGUUGCCUUCACUGAUUCAACUACCUCCAACUCCUUUCUCACCCACAAAACCACAAAUGGAUCUGCCAAAAGGCAAGGGUCCACCUUCUCCAAAAUGUCACUACUAUUGGUCCAGAUUCGUCUUUAUCAUGUCUGACACCAUUCUUCCUCAACACACAUCUUCCCACUACACUCAACUCUUCACCUUCUUCCUUGCUGUCCACAAUCACAUCUAUCCGUUCACUACGCUCUUGUCGCACCUUCAUCAGCUACAUUGCUUGCAGAGCACGCACUGAUGGCACUUCUCCAAAACCCAACUUCUGUUCCUUAGCCCAUUUUACAAGGCUAUCUCUGACCUCUCCAUGCUUCCGUCACCUUCUCACAACCUUCGUUCGUUGAAGAGGUUUGUGUGAGCAGCAGCAUUGUCCAGUCAAUCAUGGUCUUAAUUGGUUAACAAGCCUCAGCUGGGUUCAAUUAAAGAAUGGGAAGGUGCUGAAAAGGUGUGGCAGGAGAGAUGUUUUGCCUUGACAGAACCACAGAACAUUUUAGGGGGUUAUAAUCAUGUUAUAUAAUCUCCAUAAAUAUUGUUUAAUAUUUGCUUUAAAUUCACUACCUGACUGAGGGACUUUACAGAAGCUGGGUUAUUUAUUCUGAAAUGAUGUGAUACAUUACUAUUGCACAUAGAUGGAGUCCAUUCAAUUUAUUGUGUGACAUGUUACAAAAAAGGUUGUUUGCCAUAGCAACAGGGAAGGAAUAUUUAUGUAGUCUGAACCUAUGGGUGUUAUCACUUAAGGAAUGCUUUGACAUGAGAGGGGAUGAGUUGACAUAUUGUCAGCAUCACUGAUAUAUUUAGCUCAGUGUUUUAUAUUUCUGCAGGAUCGUCCAUGACGAUACCAGUGAUUUGGCCGCCUUCCGGAAAAGUCACUGUAGUGUCUAGAAGCCAUUGUAGGAGUCUAGAGAGUCCCCACAUGGUGCUAGUGAAGGAAACAUUAGUGUUUUAGAGCUGGAUGUUCAAUUAUAAUAGUGAAUAAUAUCAGUAAUGCUGUAUGCUAAAUGAACUAUUUUGAGAUUAAGUUGUGCAUGUCUUGUUGCCUCUGAGUUCAAAUAAAGAUAGUUUUGACAGUGCUACUCUAAUCUGGGACAAGCAGAACCACCCAGCCCUGUCUAUGUAAAUAUCAGUUUCACUCCCACAGCUACCAGUCUAAGAGUUGAAUAGUUCCACUGCCUGAAAUACCCUGGACUGGGCCAGAUGUAAGGGAGUGACUGGUUUUAACCUCUAUGGUGGAUUCAGGGAGGGAGAAACAAUAGAUAUGCCAUCAUGUAAUUAAUGACAGAUAAAAUUGAGAUUAUACUUUAUGAUAAUACUGUAUAGUGUAUGUCUCUACAUAAAUGUGUCUAAUGUUCGAGCCCAGCAUCAUGUCUCAUUCACAGAUCUAACAGUCAGUAACCUGAUCAUCAAAACAGUUAAUAUAAUGCUAGAUGAUCACAUCAAUAUUUGGUUGUGAGGUACAUAUGGGGAUUUGAUUUAGGGAGGCUGAAGCUGAUGUAACACCACCUUUAUUUAUUUUUUACUUCUGUAGAUCUGACUCUGCAUAGGGACAGGUAUUGUGUGUUUUAAAACUUCAUUUAACUUUUAUAAGUCCACUUUCCGACCAUGACAACAAUUUUUCACAAGCAUGAUGAUGAUGAUGAUGGGGAACAUGUGAUCUGAAUGAUGCUAUCUAAACAUAUUAAAAGUUGACUUCACUAACCAGUGUUCCAUGUCACUGUCUCUUCCCCCUCAGCACCUGCAGUAGGUCCCAGCUGUAGCAGUACAGUCACUGUGCAGUCUGACUUAGGGAGGUUUUUGUAUGGCUCUGUAUCACUGUGUGAACACAUUCCCUAUUGUAUUAUACUAGUACUUCAGUACUAUCAGUCCCUAUUGUAUUAUUCUAGUACUUCAGUACUAUCAGUCCCUAGUGUAUUAUACAAGUAUUUCAGUACUAUCAGUCCCUAUUGUAUUAUACUAGUACGUCAGUACUAUCAGUCCCUAUUGUAUUAUACUAGUUCUGCAGUACUAUCAGUCGCUAUUGUAUUAUACUUGUACUUCAGUACUAUCAGUCCCUAUUGUAUUAUACUAGUACUUCAGUACUUUCAGUCCCUAUUGUAUUAUACUAGUACUUCAGGACUAUCAGUCCCUAUUGUAUUAUACUAGUUCUUCAGUACUAUCAGUCGCUAUUGUAUUAUACUUGUACUUCAGUACUAUCAGUCCCUAUUGUAUUAUACUAGUACUUCAGUACUUCCUGUCCCUAUUGUAUUAUACUAGUUCUUCAGGACUAUCAGUCCCUAUUGUAUUAUUCUAGUAUUUCACUACUUUCAGUCCCUAUUCUAUUAUACUAGUACAUCAGUACUAUCAGUCCCUAUUGUCUUAUACUAGUAUUUCAGUACUAUCAGUCCCUAUUGUAUUACACUAGUCCUUCAGGACUAUCAGUCCCUAUUGUAUUAUACUAGUAUUUUAGUACUAUCAGUCCUUAUUGUAUUAUACUAAUACUUCAGUACUAUUAGGGUGGUACUGAGAAUGUUGUGGGCAUGAAGGUGCUCACUCUUGUGUGAAGGAGGUUUUUGUACGAAGACUUCACCAGAAUGAAAAAUUAAACUAAAUGUAACAACGUUUUGAGAUGUUAUCAUCUUCUCCAGAUACAUUUAUUUUAGACUAUAUCAUUUUAGAGAUUACUGUGGACAGAUUGGUAGAUUUUUAAAGGGCAGAGUCACCGAAGUGAGAGAAUUGUUCACAUACAACCUAGUUUAUUUGACAAUAAAAGUAUUUUAAUGUGACAUUUAAAAAGAUAUACAGUUGCACAUUUUGAUAUACAGUAUUGCAUGUCAGCUCAUUGUUCUGUUGAGAUGUAGCAACUACUUUUUCUAUAAUAUAAACAACACUUUUUAAAUUGUAUUCAUAGUAGAUGUUAACACUGACAUGGUUGAAAGAUGAAUCUCAUCUAUAGUUUUGAAUAGUAUUUUGAGGUCAUUUUGGGCUUGUAUCUCAGAGUAGAUGUGACAUAAAUUGAUAUGGAGAUUUCAUGUCUGAUUUGACAUUGUGAAUAUUAAAUGAUACUGUAUCCAGACUAUAUGAAAGUGAUUUUUAGUCUAAGGCUUCAUCUGUGUCCAGGAAAACCCCUCCUAGUUUUUUGUUGCUCUUGGUGUGCUAACCUGUAGAGCAUGAAUGUAACAUACAUGUAUCUGAUGGAUUGUUUUGUCUAAAAAUCCAUCCAGAGCUUUUUGUUGACCUUUAUCUUUAUAGAUUCAGUGUUUCAUUGUUCUCGGUGGUUCUCUGUACUGUAGCUAGUUGUUUAUCCUGUGUGUGUUGUUGAUCUGAAAUGGUUUUGUUCACUGAUAACACAGUGUAUUCUCUCCCCUCUCCUCUCCUAAUGUUAUAGAGUAGUAGUAGUAGUAGUAGUAGUAGUAGUAGUAGUAGUAGUAGUAGUAGUAGUAGUAGUAGUAGUAGUAGCUGACCCUAUCCUCUUCUCUCCUCUCCUCUCCUCUCCUCUCCUCUCCUCUCCUCUCCUCUCCUCUCCUCUCCUCUCCUCUCCUCUCCUCUCCUCUCCUCUCCUCUCCUCUCCUCUCCUCUCCUCUCCUCUCCUCUCCUCUCCUCUCCUCUCCUCUCCUCUCCUCUCCUAAUAUAUUCCAUUAUAGAGUAGUAGUAGCUGACCCUCCUCUCUUCUCUCUUCCUGCUGUUCCCUCUGUCAGGCCCACAAUGUCUCUGCUCCCCCCGUCCUCUGAGCAGCUCUCUGGGGGCUCGGCCACACUGGCCUGACUGCUGAGCGGCUACUCCCCCCAGGGGGCGAUGGUGAGCUGGUAGGUGAAUGGGAGGAGGUGACGGAGGGGGUCCUGACCACCACAGAAGAAGAGAAGGGUGGCCUCUACAGCCACAGCAGCACCUUGACCCUGAGCAAGGCACUCUGGGUAGUGGGAGAGGUGUACACCUGCAGGGUCACCCACUACGACACCAGUGAUUCAGCCGCCUUCCGGAGAAGUCACUUUAGUGUC